AUGCCAGUUGGCGCACGGGUAGGUAUUAUGUACCUCGCGCCCUCCCCCGCCUCCGGCUCGGCGGCGCGUUGCGCGCGUUGGGACCCCAACGUGGCCGACGCGGUCGGCGUCUCGCACGACGACGGCUCCUUCGUCUACUCGCAGCCGGGCAGCCGCCCUCUCCGGCUGCAGCUCCACACUGAGGCGACAAAGGGAGCCGCCGCCGCAGCGGGUCCGCCACGUCGGCCCUCGCUGGUGCCGGUCGAUGCGGCGUGGUCGCACUGGGCCUUCCUCCCCGGCGCCGCCGGCGGCGUCCUCAUCGUCCUGCGCCACACGGAGCGCGUGCUGGCCGGCACGCUGCUGGUGCACCGGCUGCCGUGCGCGGCGAGCGAACCCGUCGCCGACGCCGCCGCCGCGUGCGUCGCCCGCCCCUCUGCCGUGCAGCGCCUCGAGUCGCUCGACGCGCCUGCGCCCAUCUCUGCGCUGUGCGUGUCUCGCGCCUGCUUCCACGACGGCUCGCAUGCGGCGCCGGUGACGGCGCUCGCGCUCCUUGCGGCCGAGGCAUGCGGCGCGCAGACGUCUCUGUGCGCGUCGGCGGCCGCGGACCAGAGCGUCGUCCUCGGCGAAGCGAAGGGCGAGGCGAAGGGCGAGGCGAAGGGGCGGGCCUUGGGCACGGGGCGGGCCUUGGGCACGGGCACCGCCGCCGCGCCCUCCCCGGCCCAGCUCGACGGCGGCCUCGGCGGCAGCAGCCCUGUGGCAGGCUGCGGCACCCCGUGGACGCCAGGCCGCCCCUCGGCCGGCAGCGGCAGCGCCUCCCAUUGGGCCUCCAGCGGUGUGCCUUGGGGCCUCGGGGGCGACGGUACCCCGGGGCAGAGCGGCUACUCCUCCGACACCGCCUGGAGCGCGCCGCCCCGCAGCGCCGUCCCGUCUCCGAGCCGCAACGCCGCUCCGCCCUCCCCCUUUGGAGCAUCCGCGGAUGCGCCUCUCGACGCGGUCCCAGGCAUGCACGCGUGCCGAGAGGCGGCGCCCGAGGCGGGAACGGAGGCGGCGGCAGAGCCGCGCGCCAACGGGGCGGGCCAGGCGGCGGAGGUUCGUUUUGCGGCGCCGCUCGGGACGACGGCGCCGGUGACGGUCGCUCUUCCCCCACGGCCGGCGGAGCCUCCUCCAGCACCCCACCUCCGGCUCGGGAACCCGGAGCGCGUGCGGGCGCUGCUCGCCCCUCCGCCCGUCGGCGGUGCGCCGGCGCUCGCCGCCCCGUCGGUUCAUUCCUCGGGGCUGCUGCGCGCGCGCGCCGUCGCGGCGGAGGCGGAGCAGGAGGCGCGCGGGCGGGACUUGUUCGCGCAAGAGGUGGAGCGGCGGGCGCUCCGAGAGGCGAGUCGGGCCCUCGAGGCGCCGCUGCACGAGGCCACACGGUACGGGCCGCUGCCGAGCCUGCAAGAGCCGGGCAGCGGUAAGGCGCGGCCGAGGGCGCGCCGCGCCGACAACCCGCGCUGGCUCGCGGCAGCACGGGAGCUGCAGCCCGACUUGCGCGACCUCUUCACAGCAGACCGCGAGCCGGAGGCCACCGACACGGAGAGCCACGGGAUCCCGACGCCCGGCGUGCUGCGGAGCCUGCGCCCGCGCCAAGACGUCGCCGUUUCUCCCGCGAUCUGGCCGAGCGCGCUGUGGAAUCGGCCGAGGCAGCGCUCAGAGGUGACGUUUGACUAAGCGAGGGCGAAUCGAUUCCGUCUAUUGCUACAACACAUUCUCGUUUACCUGGAUUAGCCCCAAGACGCGAUGCGAGUAUUUGACACCUCCUCUCUCGGAUACACGAGGCAUCGUAUAGAAUAUAUUAUUUGACAUGUCUUU